AUGAAUAAUUACGAAAUUAUCAUAGCUAUGUCUUUUUCCCAUCGUGUUGUGUCUCCUUCUCUUCCUGUAUGGUUUUUUAUUUUCCUCAUCUUCUUAGUAUUACUUGGAAAUUCUCAAAAGGAAGAUUUACAAGUUAAAGUGGGAGUUGUUCUUAGCACUAAUGCGACAUUAGCAGAUUUGAGCUUGCGAGCUAUCAACAUGUCCCUCUCAGAAUUCUAUAACAGUCAUAAUGGCUUCAAAACAAGGAUCGUCCUCAACAUCCGAGACUCCAAAGAAACUGUUGUUGGUGCUGCAGCUUCAGAAACCUUAGCGGGCCGGUUACGGCAGGCUGGGCCCAAUGACGCGGAGCCCCCGCAUUGA